AUGAGCCGGAUAGUGGUCCUGAUAACAAUAUUCGCAGCUGUCACAUCGCAGAAACAAACUGCCAUCAAUAACGAGAAAUGCAGAACGUGUAACUUCUUGGUGGACACAUUCGAUGAGGUUAAUUUGCAAAAAUGUGACAUUUAAGUAGCUUUUAUUCAUAUUCAGGGUCUCAAGAAAACAGCACGACACCACUUUGCCGGCGGAGACACUGCUUGGGAAGAGAAGAACCUCGGAAAGUACAAAACGAGUGAAACUCGGCUGAUCGAAGUGCUCGAAGGUGUGUGCAAGAAGGCGUCGCUGCCCAACAUGGACAAGUUUAUCGGAAUCAGCGAUAUUGAAUUCAAAGUGAGCUUGUCCCGCCGCGCCGGAACCACUGUACGCGCCUGUUUCAGUGUGCAUCUCAACUUGAGCAUCACGAAGAGACGAUCGAAGAGUUCUACUACAAUCAGCAGCAGAAGAACAUGUCCAUUUGGAUUUGUGUCGAACAACUCAAAUGUAAGUGAUUUGCAAAGCUUCGUAACUUAUCUUCUAGCAGUAAGAAUCUUACAAACAUUCAGUGUGCUGUCCACAUGGUCAUUUUGGCAAAAGUUGCGAUCCGUGCCCGGGACUGAACGAAGGCAUCGAUGCGUGCUCCGGAAAGGGAUCCUGCCACGUGCGAGCCAUCUGACUUUGUUUAUAUUUACAUAAAUUUUGUGUUCAGGGAGAUGGAAGCCGCGAAGGCAGUGGAAAGUGCAAGUGCGGAGCAGGAUACACCGGAAAUCUGUGCCGGCAUUGCGACAGCGAAUACUUCGAAGAGUCGAAGACGGAGAAAGGAAUCGUCUGCAAAAGUGAGUGAUCAGUCCAAAAAACAAAGUAAAAAGUAGGUUUUUAGAAUGCCACGAAGGAUGCCUCGGAAGUUGCACUUCGGAUAGCUCAACGGGAUGCUCUAAAUGCAAGAACGGCUGGACGAUGACGGAAGCAGAAGGAUGCACAGGUAAAGAAAACUUUCCAAUUUCACCGCUAACAAAAAAUUCAGAUGUUGAUGAGUGUUCGAAUGAGUCUGCUUGCACGAAAGAACACGAACUGUGCGUGAACACAGUAGGAUCCUUCCGUUGUGAUUGUGAAGAAGGGUACAAGAGAGACGAGUCGCAGACGUGCCAAAUUGACGUUGAAGGUAAGGAUUCUUUAAUGAAAAAGGAACCAUCUAAACAUAAGUCUCUUCCCUGGGGUUUCCCAUAACCCAAGCACCCUACUGGUCCUUUGAUUCACCGUCUCACUUGUCCCGUUCAGCCUCUCCCACGCGGCCGCUCAUGCCCGUAGAUCAGCAGCUGAAGAUCAUCGCCCUCUCUUCCCUCGUCAUCAUUAUCACUUUCGUCGUCUGGCACCGUUCUCCGGUGCUUUACUUGCUCACGGCGAUCGCCGUCGUUGCUCUCAUCCUAGUUGAUCUCUACGUCAAUCCGGACACGAUUCCUGAUGAAGCAAAACGAUUUUUAGGCUACUGAAUACGGGAAUAUUUUGGUUUUUGUUAACACCCUGCUCAAAAUAAAUUAUUUUUCUUCUUGUCACAACGACCAUCUUUCAUUCUAUUGUCUGCUUUCAGCGUUGAAAGCGCAGCGACAAAAGACUGAAAAUGAAGAAGACGACGUCGACGAAGAGGACGAUGAAGACGUCAAGGAUGAAUUAUAG